AACCCAGUCGGUAUGCGCUUUGUUCACAGUACGACCUGACAGUCAGUGACGUUAGUCGGGGAAACAGGAGCACUCCAUAUCGUAAGAGAAUCCAGAGACACUUUUUGUAACGAUGACUACCUACGUGGCUGUGACUCAGCCUGUCGGCCAGCAGCAACUGGUGUCGAUGCAACCAGCUCCCGUUACUUUCAGCACGGUGAACCCUCAGCCUCGAAGUGGUGCCUGGAAGGGUAUUCUAUGGACAGGAAUAAUUCAAGUGGUUUUGGGUUCCUUGACAACCAUUCUGGGGAUUGUCACCCUGACAGUAUUUGGCCCUGUGUACCUGUAUCUUGACGUCGGAUCCCCAGUUUGGUGCGGAAUCUUGUUCUAUGUAGUCGCUGGAAUCUUGGGGACAUUGUCUGGAUGUAAGAAGAGUUCCGUUGUGGAAAAGCGGGUCUUUAUCCGCGCCUUGCAAGAGAGGCAGUCGUUUUCAGUAGAUGUUUUUUACCGCUCAACCAUACGGAGUGGAACCUCUGAAUACCGACAUUUGCUUGGACUCUGUGGACUCUGA